AUGGGAGACAGGGGUAGCACCUCACCUCUUCACCUCUUGCAUCUCUGUCCUGACAGGACUUUUUCGAGCUUCAUUUCUUCGUUAUCACUCACAUCUAUCGAAUCACCUGUAUAUGCCCGAAUCUCCAAAUCCAUCUCCGCCCACACACAGUCAUCUAGCUCCUCCCGAGCUAACUUCGAGCAACAUUUCGAACUGGAGACCGUCUCCGUUUGGGAGGGCAUCAUCGAAGAGUUCUGCAAAGCCAAGCCCUCGAAAGCUGAAGCAUUUAUACAGCUCUUUGAGACUCUUAGAUAUCAAGAGGCCACCUCUGAUGAAGAGAUCUCUUCUAAGCACGCGGCAUUUACAAUAUAUCUCGCUGAGCUUGAUGAGAUUGAAUGGGCCUUGCGGGAAGCUGGGAACAGAGGAAGGACUCCGGUACCCGACACUUCCGCAGUUGAAAAUGCCGACUCCGGAGCCCCCGCUCCUGAAGAGGCUCUCGAGCCCUCCUCCACUCCUGUCAGAAGCAGCAAGUGCCGACGAGAUGCAGAUGAUGGGGGAGACAAAGAUGGCAAGCGAAGAGUUGAUGAAUCUCUCUUCCCCUUUAUGUCAUCUACCGUAUCAGCUCUCCUCUCCCCCGAGUUGCUACGCAUGCUCAAGCUCAAGGAGAACUACACCCGAGAUCUCUCCUUCUCUAAACAAUCCAUCACCUGCCACCCUGAUUGCCCCAAUGUUCCGGAAUCCAUCUGA